UUUGGGCUUUACAACCUCAUUUUCACAAUUUCACGAUUUAAAAUAUCCCCAAAUCCCCAAUUCUCCCAAAUUGAAACCCUAAGUCUCAAAGUCACCCAAUUACCCAAGCCCCGUCGCCGUUCACCGUAUCGCCGCCUCGCCGUUCACCGUAUCGCCGCCUCGCCGGCAGCCCCGUCGCCGUGCAUUAAUUAGUAGAGAAUUGAAGAGUGAGAAGAUGGAAAAACCAUCUGUUAGCUAUGGAUAUGCUGAGAAAGCUAAGAAAGGGGAGGAUUUUUACUUGGUUAAAACUGAUUGUCAGAGAGUUCCUGGCAAUUCUGCUUCAACAUUUUCAGUUUUUGCUAUUUUUGAUGGGCAUCAUGGAAAUGCUGCUGCUAUAUACGCUAGGGAUAACUUACUGAAUCAUGUGUUAGCUGCGAUGCCUCGAGAGCUUGGUCGUGAUGAAUGGCUUCAUGCCUUACCUAGAGCACUAGGAGGGCAAUGUUUACUUUAGCCCUGUACGAUUACU